CCGGCGCGCACGCAGCAGACACGGAGAGCGCGGAGCCGAGUUCAACACACGCACCAGAGUCCACCUCUUGGAUUCUAGUCCACCUCUUGGAUUGCAGUUCACCUCUUGGACGACUCGAGUGUUCCACCCCUUGGAUUCUACUCCGACCCCUCAGAAGACUCCGCGAGUCCAUCCCUCGUCACCCCCCCGACCCACUCACCUCCACCCCCCCACCCACCCACCCCCACCGACUCCCACGCCGCCGCCAUGAGCGACGCGGGCGUCGUGGUGGUGCAGGGUGGACGAGUGGUGAACGCGGAGCACUCGGAGCAGGCGGACGUGCUCAUCGAGGGCGGCGUGGUGCGCGCGGUGGGGCCGGCGCUGCCCGUGCCGCCCGGCGCGCGCCUCGUGCGGGCGCACGGCCGCCUCGUGCUGCCCGGAGGCAUCGACCCGCACACGCACAUGGAGCUGCCCUUCAUGGGCACCCGCGCCGUCGACGACUUCUACCACGGCACCAGGGCUGCCCUGGCUGGAGGCACCACGAUGAUCGUGGACUUCGUCCUGGGGGCUCGGGGCAUCUCUCUGCUCGACGCGUUCCGCACGUGGCGAGGCUGGGCCGACCCCAACGUGUGCUGCGACUACUCGCUGCACGUGGGCGUCACGUGGUGGAGCGAGCAGGUGAGCGAGGAGAUGGGGGUGCUGGUGCGUAGCGAGGGGGUCAACUCCUUCAAGGCGUUCAUGGCCUACAGGGAGGCGUUCAUGCUGCGCGACCCCGAACUCUUCUCCGUGUUCCGUCGCUGCAAGGAGCUCGGCGCCAUUGCGCAAGUUCACGCCGAGAACGGAGACCUCAUCGCCGAGGGCGAGAAGGAGAUGCUGGAACGCGGCAUCACGGGGCCCGAAGGCCACGAGCUGUGCCGGCCCGAGGUGGUGGAGGCCGAGGCCACGAACCGGGCCAUCACGAUCGCGGGGCGCGCGCGCUGCCCGCUCUACGUGGUGCACGUGAUGAGCAAGGCGGCCGCCGGCGUCAUCGCGCGCGCGCGCAGGGCAGGCCAGGUGGUGUUCGGGGAGCCGAUCGCGGCCGGCCUGGGCACGGACGGCACCCACUACUGGCACCGCGACUGGCGCCACGCGGCCGCCUACGUCAUGGGGCCCCCGCUGCGGCCGGACCCGACCACGCCAGGAUACCUCAUGGACCUCCUCGCCAACGACGACCUCUCGACCACGGGCACGGACAACUGCACGUUCAAUGCGUGCCAGAAAGCGAUGGGCAAGGACGACUUCACCAAGAUCCCCAACGGCGUCAACGGCGUGGAGGACCGCAUGUCCGUCAUCUGGGAGCGCGGCGUGCACAGCGGCAAGAUGGACGAGAACCGCUUCGUGGCCGUGACGAGCACCAACGCCGCCAAGAUCUUCAACCUCCACCCGCGCAAGGGCCGCAUCGCGCCGGGCUGCGACGCUGACCUCGUCGUGUGGGACCCCAACGCCACCAGGACCAUCUCGGCGCGCACCCAUCACCAGGCCGUGGACUUCAACAUCUUCGAGGGCAUGGAGUGCCACGGCGUGGCCGACGUCACGAUAUCGCGGGGCCGCGUCGUCUGGGAGGGGGGCGUCCUGGCCCCGGACCUGCGGGGAACGGGCCGCUACGUGCCGCGGGCUGCCUUCCCCGACUACGCGUACCAGCGCAUACGCGCGCAGGACCAGGUGAACCAACCGCGCGCCGUGGAGCGGGAGCCGUACCAGGGGCCCGUGUUAUCACCGGACGCGUGACCCGACGCUCCGACAACACCGCAACCCCCGCGACUGCGGAAUCAAGGCGGUGGGAGUCGCCGCCUCCUCUCUGCUCCUCCCUGCGGCACCGGGCGACCGGGUGGCCCAGCUGUCGGGGUCACACUUACCGCCCUCGGUAGUGGCGUUUGCCUAUCCAUUGCUGUCCUCUGUUUUUGCUUUUGAAAUUUUGGUGGUUCGGGUCACCGUUGUAAAUGAGACUUUCAUCCUGGUCUCUUUGAGACUUCUCAUCUGGUUAAACAAAUACAUUGCACUUGGGUCGUUUGGGCCCAGGCUGAGCGACGCAGAGAAGGGGAGGUGGGAGAGAAAUUACAUGCCAUGCCGAUGCAGACCACGCUACACGAGACCUAAUAUGGAUCUGGGGAUAAGGAGGUGCAAACUCCUGGCUCCCCGAGACGACGAUUCAGUCACUUCAGCGAUUUCAAUAAAUCAACACAGCCGAGUA